CCCGGCCCGCGGGGAGUUGGCUCCGCGCCGCGCCCCUCCGCCCUCGCCGCAUCGCGCUCGGAGGCCGGAGGAGGAGGAGGUGGCGGCGGCGGCGCUGCCGCCUCUGGCUAUGUAGGGGCCCCAGAGCGGGCAGAUCCGGAGGCCGCUGUACGCCUCUGGAGCUCGGCGCGGGGCCGGGCCCGGGGCCGGGCCCGGCGGGAUGUUUUCCAAGAAGCCGCACGGGGACGUGCGGAAAUCCACGCAGAAGGUGCUGGACACCCGCAAGGACCCACUGACCCGGCUCAAGCACCUCCGCGUCCUUAUCGAUAAUGCAGAAUCAAUUGAUCUCAAACAGUUUUUCGACCAACAUUUUUCACAUAUAUAUUAUGUGUUCUUUGAAAACUUUGUGACUAUUGAAGUGGGCCUUAAACAAAAAGGUCACAAGUCUCAGAGAGAAGAAUUAGAUUCUAUUCUUUUUAUUUUUGAGAAAAUUUUACAACUCCUUCCUGAAAGGAUUCAUCAGAGGUGGCAAUUUCAUAGUAUUGGGUUGAUUUUAAAGAAGCUUCUUCACACUGGAAAUUCAUUAAAGAUACGUCGAGAGGGUGUGCGUCUCUUUCUUUUGUGGCUGCAAGCACUUCAAAAUAACUGUAGUAGAGAACAAUUAUGGAUGUUUUCUUGCUUGAUUCCUGGAUUUUCAUCACCACAAUCUGAAUAUGGCCCCCGAACACUAGAUAAUCUCAUUAACCCUCCCCUUAAUGUCCAAGAAACUCAAGUGACUAUAGAAGAAAUCACUCCACUUGUUCCUCCACAAUCAGGAGAUAAAGGACAAGAAGAUUUAACAAGCUAUUUUUUAGAAGCACUUUUGAAAUACAUGGUAAUUCAGGUUAAGAGUUUAGAAUGGAAGAACAAGGAAAACCAGGAAAAGGGAUUUUCAUUUUUAUUCUCAAAUUUUAAGAAAUACUACUUACCUUCUAUUUUCCCAAACAUCUGUAAGGAGACCAGCUUGUAUAACCCUAUACUUGAUAUACCACAAAUGAGACCAAAGCCACACUACGUAAUAGUUAAGAAAGAUGCUGAAACCAAUGAGGCAAUCUAUUGCACAAAGGAACCUUUCAUUAAGGCUCGUGUUAUUGUCAUUCGAUGGUUGGUGUCUUUCUGGCUUGAGCCAAAACCUCAUACAGGACCUCAUAUUCCUGGGAUGGAAGGUGAAAAUGUGCCAAAGAAUAUUCAGAGAGCAGCUGCUAGCAUGGCUUCAAGGGAGGACAGCAAAAAUGACAGUACUGAUAAGCAGGAUAGAAAUGCAGAACCAGAACAAUCUCAUUCUAAUACAAGUACUCUAACAGAGAGAGAGCCGAGUUCUUCCAGCCUCUGCAGUAUUGAUGAAGAGCAUUUAACUGAUAUUGAAAUUGUCCGGAAAGUCUUCUCUUCUAAAAGGAACAAUGUUAAUUUUCUGACUGAGAUUUUUCGACAGGCAUUUCUGUUGCCAAUAUGUGAAGCAGCUGCCAUGAGGAAGGUAGUGAAGGUGUAUCAAGAAUGGAUUCAACAAGAAGACAAACCUUUAUUUAUGAAAGAACCUGAAGAAAUAAUGCAGUGCACAGCUGUAGAUUGUGAUGAAAAUGUUGACCAUAAUUCUUCAGAGAAAGGAAAAGAAAGAGAAGAGGAAAAAGGGAUGAACUCCAGUCAUGGAGUUAGAAAUUCAAACUGGGCAAGAAAUGGCUGUUAUGAAGACACUUUGCAUAAAACAUCUGAAAUUGAUUCUGAAGAACAAAAUGUACGAGCUGGAGUGCAGUCAGUAUUGCAGGUUUUUAUAAUAAAUUCUUCAAAUAUAUUUUUUCUUGAACCUGCAAAUGAAUUUAAAGUUCUGCUGGAUGAACACACUGAUAUGUGCAAACGCGUUCUCAAUAUCUACCGCCACAUGGUUGUCCAAGUGACUAUGGACAAGAAGACAUGGGAGCAGAUGCUACUUGUGCUGCUCAGGGUAACUGAAUCUGUGCUGAAAAUACCACCCCAAACUUUCUUGCAGUAUCAAGGAAGAAAAAACUCCACUUUAGCUGGAAGACUUGCAGGACCUCUUUUCCAGACUCUUAUAGUAGCUUGGAUCAAAGCAAAUCUAAAUGUGUACAUUUCUCGAGAACUUUGGGAUGACUUACUGUCUGUAAUGUCAUCACUGACAUACUGGGAAGAGCUGGCCACUGAGUGGUCACUGACAAUGGAGACACUUACUAAAGUAUUAGCUAGAAACUUGUAUAGCCUGGACCUCAGUGACCUGCCACUGGAUAAAUUAAGUGAGCAGAAGCAGAAAAAACACAAAGGCAAAGGAGUUGGGCAUGAAUUCCCAAAGUCUUCUGUUGAUAAGUCCUUUUCCCGAGGCUGGAGCCGGGACCAGCCUGGCCAGGCACCCAUGCGGCAGCGCAGCGCCACGACCACCGGCUCUCCGGGAACAGAGAAGGCGAGGAGCAUCGUGCGCCAGAAAACUGUUGCCAUGAGAAGCCGAUCCAUUGGUGAAUGUGCUCUGCCAUCGGCCUAUAUACGCAGUGCUAAAAGUGCUCCUGUUCUGAUCCAUACUUCCAAACCCUUCUUGCCUGAUAUUGUUCUCACUCCCCUUUCUGAUGAGCUUUCAGACAUUGAUGAUGCUCAAAUUCUUCCACGUCCGCCUCGAGUAAGACAUUUUUCUCAGAGUGAGGAUGCUCCAAGUGAAGUUUUUGGUGCAUUGAAUGAAGAACAGCCUCUGCCACGAAGCAGCAGCACCUCUGACAUCCUGGAACCAUUUGCAGUUGAACGAGCCAAAGCUAAUAGAGAGGACAUGAGUCAAAAGCUGCACCCUAUUGAUAGUGAUAUUGGCAGUAGCAAUACAAAUGUUCCUGACCUCAUGGACGAAUUUAUAGCUGAGAGACUCCGCAGUGGUAAUGCACUGAAUGUGACAAGAAGAGGAAGCAGCCCUGGCAGCCUGGAAGUUCCUAAGGACCUUCCUGAUAUAUUGAACAAGCAGAACCAAAUGCGUCCCGUGGAUGACCCAGGCGUGCCUUCCGAGUGGACGUCGCCUGCCAGCGCGGGCAGCAGCGACCUCAUCAGCUCCGACAGCCACUCCGACUCCUUCAGCGCCUUCCAGUAUGAGAGCCGCAAAUUUGAAAAUUUCAGCUUUGGCACUGAGGCAGGGACGCCAGCUUCUACUGACGUUGAUGCAAUUUCGGGACAGCAACAAAGUGCUGAGGAACAAGAAGUGGCCAGUCUAACUACACUCCACAUAGAUUCAGAAACAAGUAGUCUCAAUCAGCAACCAUUGUCUGCCGAAGCUGCAACUAUUACUGGCUCUGAAAGUGCUUCUCCAAUCCAAUCUGCUCUUGGAUCCCGAUCACAGACACCCUCUCCUGCCACUCUGCAUGCAGAUCAUAUUGAGCAGAAGGAUCUGCAGCUGGAUGAGAAGCUCCACCACUCUGUUUUACAGACGCCAGAUGACCUAGAAACUAGUGAAUUCCCCUCAGAAUGUUGCAGUGUGAUGGCUGGGGGAACACUUACAGGAUGGCACGCAGAUGUUGCUACUGUGAUGUGGAGGAGGAUGCUGGGAAUUCUGGGAGAUGUCAACUGCAUAAUGGAUCCAGAGAUUCAUGCCCAGGUUUUUGAUUAUCUGUGUGAACUGUGGCAGAAUCUGGCCAAGAUAAGAGACAAUCUUGGUAUUUCAACAGACAACCUAACUUCACCAUCUCCCCCAGUUUUAAUUCCACCACUGAGAAUUCUAACACCAUGGCUCUUCAAGGCAACAAUGCUGACUGAUAAAUACAAACAAGGAAAGCUACAUGCUUAUAAGCUUAUUUGUAAGACAAUGAAACGAAGACAAGAUGUUUCUCCAAACAGGGAUUUUUUAACUCAUUUCUACAAUAUCAUGCACUGUGGACUUCUUCAUGUUGAUCAAGAUAUUGUCAAUACAAUCAUCAAGCACUGCUCUCCUCAGUUCUUUUCACUUGGUUUACCUGGUGCUACCAUGCUUAUUAUGGAUUUCAUUGUAGCAGCAGGAAGAGUGGCUGCUUCUUCUUUCCUCAAUGCACCAAGAGUUGAAGCACAAGUUCUUUUAGGAUCUCUAGUCUGUUUUCCCAAUUUAUAUCGUGAACUACCAGCUCUUCACCCAAAUAUUCCUGACAUUGCUGUGUCUCAUUUUACAGAUGUUAAGGAACUCAUAAUUAAAACUGUGUUAAGCUCGGCAAGAGAGGAGCCAUCUGGUCCUGCACGUUGUGUUGCUCUUUGUAGCCUUGGAAUUUGGAUCUGUGAGGAGCUAGUCCAUGAAUCACAUCAUCCUCAGAUCAAGGAAGCAUUGAAUGUUAUAUGUGUUUCUUUAAAGUUUCCAAAUAAAACAGUAGCCCAAGUUGCCUGCAGUAUGCUGAACAUGCUGAUACAUUAUGUACAUAGGCUUCAACUAUAUCAAGCUGAUUCACCAUUAAGAAUAAUACUAAUUCUGAUAGCAACUAUUACACAUCUGCUACCCAGUACAGAAGCUUCCUCUUAUGAGCAGGACAAGAGAUUGGUGGUUUCUUUACUUCUGUGCUUAUUGGAUUGGAUAAUGGCCUUGCCAUUGAAGACUUUGCUGCAGCCUCUUCAUACUACAGGAGCAGAAAAUGAUAAGACUGAAAGAUCUGUUCUUAAUUGUAUAUAUAAGGUUCUGCAUGGAUGUGUCUAUGGGUCUCAGUGUUUUAGCAACCCAAAAUAUUUUCCUCUAAGCCUUUCUGAUCUGGCAUGUAUGGAUUAUGAUCCUUUUAUGCAUUUAGAGAGCUUAAAGGAACCAGAACCACUGCAUUCUCCAGACUCUGAGAGGUCUUCUAAACUUCAGCCAGUUACUGAAGUGAAGACUCACAUGCAACAAGGGUUAAUUUCUGUGGCUGCUCGUACUGUGAUAACACAUCUAGUCAACCACUUGGGCCACUAUCCUAUGAGUGGAGGUCCUGCCAUGCUGACCAGUCAAGUGUGUGAAAACAAUGACAAUCCAUACAGUGAAAGUCCCGAGCUUUCUCCUGAGCUUUUUGAGAACCCAAAUCUUCAAUUCUUUGUAUUAAACAAUACUUCCCUGGUGUCUUGCAUACAAAUCCAAGCAGAAGAUGACAUGCCUGGGGGAGGACUGUCUGCUGGACUUGCAUCAGCUAAUUCAAAUGUUAGAAUUAUAGUGCGUGAUCUGUCUGGCAAAUAUUCAUGGGAUUCGGCCAUUUUGUAUGGACCUUCAUCUUUAUGUGCAUCUUCACAACAAACAUCUUUUGCACUUUCAUUAUCUCAGCAAGAUAAACCAGAAGAUGCUCUUUCAUCUUUUGAACAUGUGGAGGAUGUAUCUGCAAGAGAUGGAAUUACGCUCCAAGUUAAGAGGAAAUUUAGAGACACUGUACCAACAUGGGAUACAAUUAGGGAUGAAGAAGAUGCUCUUGAUGAGCUGCUGCAGUAUUUAGGUGUUACAAGCCCUGAAUGCUUACAGAGAACUGGUGUUUCACUCAACAUCCCUGCUCCUCAACCAGUCUGCAUCUCAGAAAAGCAGGAGAACGAUGUCAUCAAUGCAAUUCUGAAACAGCACACAGAAGAGAGAGAGUUCGUUGAAAAGCAUUUCAAUGAUGUAAAUAUGAGGGCUAUGGAGCAGGACGAGCCAACCUCACAAAAGCCACAGUCAGCAUUUUACUACUGUAGAUUACUUCUCAGUAUACUAGGAAUGAAUUCAUGGGAUAAAAGAAGGAGCUUUCAUCUCCUGAAGAAAAAUGAGAAGUUACUUCGAGAACUCAGAAAUUUGGACUCAAGACAAUGCCGAGAGACACACAAGAUUGCAGUGUUUUAUGUUGCUGAGGGACAGGAAGAUAAACACUCCAUUCUCACGAAUACUGGGGGAAGUCAAGCCUAUGAGGAUUUUGUAGCUGGUCUUGGCUGGGAGGUAAAUCUCACAAACCAUUGUGGCUUUAUGGGAGGACUGCAAAAAAACAAAAGCACUGGAUUGACCACUCCAUAUUUUGCUACCUCAACAGUGGAAGUCAUGUUCCAUGUGUCAACAAGAAUGCCUUCUGAUUCAGAUGACUCUUUAACAAAAAAGCUUAGACAUUUAGGAAAUGAUGAAGUACACAUUGUCUGGUCAGAACAUACUCGAGAUUAUAGAAGAGGAAUAAUUCCAACAGAAUUUGGUGAUGUUCUUAUAGUUAUCUAUCCCAUGAAAAACCAUAUGUUCAGCAUCCAGAUCAUGAAAAAGCCUGAGGUUCCAUUUUUUGGUCCACUCUUUGAUGGUGCUAUUGUGAAUGGAAAGAUUCUGCCUAUUAUGGUUCGUGCAACAGCUAUAAAUGCAAGCCGUGCAUUGAAAUCAUUAAUCCCAUUAUACCAAAACUUCUACGAGGAGAGAGCACGAUACCUGCAAACAAUUGUUCAACAUCAUCUAGAGCCUACAACAUUUGAAGAUUUUGCUGCUCAGGUUUUUUGCCCAGCACCUUAUCACCAUUUGCCCUCAGAGACGGGUCUGCAUGAAGCACUAACACUGGUUCUGGGAUUAAGGUAACUAAUGAUAGAGACAGUUGUUGAAUGAGUAACACUUUAUUGUGUUGACCUUUGUUUCUCAGCAUGAACAAGUAGUACUGGAUGGCAGUGGUGUGUUUUGUACCCUGUACUGUCUUUCAUUGAUGUUGUAAGACAUUCUGCAGUGAUAACCUAGGAGAGAUGGAGAAGAAGAAUGUGUAACACUUGAAAUCCCCUGUUCAGAAAAACCUUAUUUAAUGAUAAUCAAAGUGCUUCCAUGGAAAAACUUGUAAAUCUAAAUGAAAUAAAUUUUGUCAGAAUAGUUUGGCAAGUUGUUAUCUGAAAAUUUGUUUCUCACUUCCAAAAUAUAUACAGAAAUUAAUUAUGAAUUAUUAUCUUUUUUAUUAUAAAUUAAGAAUUAUGAUAGGACUACAGAAAGAAUGACUGAGAUAUGUUAAAAGGUUGAGGCUCCUUUAAAAUGCAAACAAUAACUAGAAAUUAGGUGCAGUUUCAAACUAUAAAAAGUGGUAUAAUUAUGCUAACAGAAAUAGUUGAGACCAAAGGCAAACAAAAUUAAAAGUAAGUAAUUUAAUUAAAGCAAUAUAAAAAUUAGUAACAUAAUUUAAAGUAUGAAAACAUUUGAAUAAGCAAAAUCUAUAACUAGAAAUAUUAAAACCAAACAUUAAAAACAAUAACGAGAUAUACCAGUGCUUGCCACAUUUCCUGUCAAGGGACCUAGUGAAUAUUCAGCACCAGACACUUUUGUAUGGCUAGUAUAUAUUCUAUAUUCUAGUGCACUUGUUGAAGUUCUGCCCAUUCAUUUUAAGAAGUCUCAUUCCAAGCCAAGUUGUUCUGCCCUCUUCUUCUAAUUCAUUCUUUCAGGGUGAAGCAAGACUGCUUUUCUACUAGUUUGGGGCCUCAGAGUACACUUCUCUAUAGCGGCAAUUCCUGUAUUCUUUUAAAAUUGGUACUCUCUAGCAUGAUCUGAAAGGAGAUUAUGAUUUUUAGAAACUAGGUUUUAACUUUUCUAUCAAAGUUAAUAAUCUUCUGUAGCAAUCUCAUUAAUAGGAGCUUGUGAUGUGUUUCACAUCUGCACACAAGCAUGUGUGCGUCUGCAUACCAUGAAACAUGUCCUGUCCUGGGAGCCACAUUCUUCUGGACCUUGCACUGUGCAGUGGAAGUGACCAAGACCUCAGUGUCAGGAGCAGCCAGAGCUUCCUAGGACAGAUGUGCAGCACAGUGUGACCCAGCCUGGCCCCACCUCUGCCUGACUGAGCUUGCAUUUCAGCCAAGAGAAGCUGGGGGUGCUCUGGCAGUCCUGCUUGCAGCCUGAUCCCUGUUCCAUCCCUGCUCCUGGAGCUCGGAUACUCAGCUCCAGCACAGAGUGCCUGGAGCAGCACUGAUCCAUCUGCCCCCAAGCUGACUCUAGAGGGCACAAACCCUACAGCCUGAGGCAGGUAUAAAAUAGCACUGCCAGAAAGGUCACCCCAGGGCUUGGGGUCAGCCUGGAAACCACUGGUUUCCAGUUCUAGCAGAGGCAGACCUGUGAGCUACGUUGCUGCAGAUGACCCAAAUUUCUGAGGGACUGUGAUCCCAAAGAAGAGUUCACCAGCAGUGCUAUUGAAAAAAUAGAUACCCCUAAAUUUCCAGGGGCCCUGCAACAGGUGGAUUUCUUAAAAGAGGUGCAGAGCACUGAACUGUGCCAGGAUUACACACAGGAGUGGUGCUGGAGUCCUGCCUGGGAAUCCACGUGCAUUUAUCACCCUCAAGGUGACUCAGACAAAAAUUUGCAGGCUCCCAGCCAGAUGUCCAUGUCAUCUGAAAAUUUCUAACCAGUUUCUAAGAAUACAUCACAUUUUUUAAAUACAAAAUAUUUCAUUUAUAUAUGGAGCUUCUUUUAAUAAAAAGUUAUUGACCAGAAGAGGCUAAGAAAAAAAACCCCACAUUUUAGAUAUUAUAGAAAUAAUUGUUUUAUUGGAUCAUGAUCUCAGUGAUUACAACUUCUGAAUAUGUUUAAUUUUAUAAAGUACUCUCCUUUUUUUGAAAAUACAUUUUUCCAUCUAAGAGAGAUCUUAGAAACUAUGAGUCUGCUACAGCCCAUCACCAGGUGUUACCAUUUUGUUGUUGUGAUCACAUUGGCCAUUUUUUUCCAUUUGAGCUAUGAGAAUCAGAGCAAAUAGAGAACAUGCCAUUUGGUAACAAACUGUGUUUUCUCAGAUGGACUUAUUUUAUCAAAGGCCUAGACAUCAGCAAAAGCUGUUUCCUUUUUUAUUGUGACUGCUCUUCAGUACAAUGUGAUUGUGGCAGCUGCUGGUUUAUCUAGAAGCUUAGUUUGCCCUGUCAAAAUAUCUGACAAGUCCACCUUCCCAUGUGUAGGAACCUGACUAGAGUAGUGAAUGUGUACAUUUAAAGAAAUUGAGAUUUACCUAUACUUAAUCACAGAAUGCAAUUCAGUUGCUUCUGUUUUUUACCUUGUGCUGUUUCUGUUACAUUGAGUAACUGGAAAUACUCUGCUAAAUAGGGUAACACGUCCUAUGCAGAUAUUGAGUGAACCAGAUCUCUGUGACAACAGACUGGGUUGAGGGAACUGUCAAUGAUAAGCUCAAUUAUAUUGAAGGGCAUAUUGACCUCAUGAUGCUAAGAUUCUGAUCUUUUAAAUGUACUCAUGUCUUACUCAUGUCUUUUUUCUGUCUUCUUUUGUUCCCUUUCUUCCUACUAAGACUAGUACCUUAUUACAGUACAUUUCUGAAGAGGCCCCUCUAAAUUCAUCAUAGUAUAUUCCUUGUGACAAAAGCAUCAGGCUUUUUGGUCCCAACAAUCAUUCCUGCCUUUUCAAGCCUGCAUUCAGAACAGUUCUACUGCCCCACUCCCAGAAUAAGACUAACUGGGGUUGCCACCGUGCAGUCAGGGAAGCAGGGGAAUGUAGAGGUAAUGGUGAUUUCAGUCUUGCACAAUUAAAAAUCUAGUGCAACAGCUUGUAUUUUCUUCUGCUCCUUCCUUGCUGUGAAACGUUGAAACUAAUAAUCUUUUUGGCCCUGUACCACCCCUUCACAGAUGAGAAUGAUGGUGAUUUUGUCACCAUAGAAGGAUCUGAGUCACGCUUGGUGGUGGUGGUUUGUGAUUGGAAGUGAAGCUGAAAUACAGAAGUGAGGGCUCUGUGUCUAGAAGGGUUGGAAGAACUUCUCCUUAUCCUUUCUCCAGUACAAACUUAGGAUUCUUUUUUUUUCAUUCCAAAUCAGAGCAAAACCUCAAAACUUAGUGACUUUUUCCAAAGAAUUCAUGUUGGAAUGGCUGAAGCUGAAACCUUAUACAUUUCUGAACUAUUGCGUUGUCAUCUUAUUGCAAAAAGUUCCAUACCCUCUUGGUCAUUGCUUAUGGGCAACUCCUCAUAGCACUGACUCCUUCCUCUUCACAGCACAGCCAACAAACUCCAACUCUUCCCUCACCCUGCUAACCCACUCUUUUGUAGCACUUGUAUUAUUGGACACAGCUGUGGCCUGUUAAGGGCAGGCCUGUUCCCAAUCUUUGGUGAUUAGUACAGCUGCAACUCCUCAGGUGUGAGACUGCCUUCUGCACUAUCUUUAUUUUCUUACAUUCUAUUCCUCCACACUAUUGUCCCAAAGUCAGCCACUUGGGUGAAGGUACACUCAGCACUUUGAGACAGUAAAUUCAGUGUGGACUGCUAGAAACCCAAACAGAUCAACUUUAUACAUUUAAUGAAAUGGGUCUACUGAAAAAAAUAGUAUGAUUGUUCAAUUAAAAAGCAUCCCAUGCAUAUACACAAGGGGACAAAAAAAAAUUUUAAUCCUGACAUUUUCUAGUGUUUUAAUUUUUUUACUUUAUUUUCUUGUGACAUUUGCCUUGUGUAAUUACUUCAAUUUUUGUUUUAAAGUAUAGUGCAAAACAGAAUUUCUAAAACACUGAUUAACAGCCCCAGGAUACAUUAGCAAACUGC